GUCUAUAUUCUUUUAUACUAAUUUUCAGUGACGGGUAUUUUUCUUUAAGCAUUGGAAAUAUUUUGGAUUUUGGUUUUAAAUGGGAGAGAAAACGAAUAACAUACGCUAUACAGCGCAACGCUUUAUAUAGUCUAGAGUGGUGUGUUAGAUCAAAAAUUGAUUGGUGUUGGGUAAUGGCAAACGCGAAUAUAGGGUUCUCUGUUACCUCUUGUUUUGGCCCUUUAUAUUCGUUAGAGAGAAAUGGCUUGACCUCUUUAUUGUCUGGCCAACAGGUGGAUGGGAGUGAGAGCCAUUGCGGGCCGUUCCACCACAUUAGGUUGGAGGAUAAAGCCUUUACUGAGGAAAUUCCGCGUGUUCCUAAGUCGGAUGGGUUUUCUUGACCGGAAACGUGGCGAAUAAUCAAAUUUGGGAUUUUUUGAAUACUUUUAAUUCUAUUGGACACGAAAAUGUCACGGAUGUGUAUUUUAGUAUU